AUGCAGUUCACUCGUAUCUUUGCCGCUACUGCCGUUGUCGCCGCCUCGGUGGCCAUGGCCUCGCCUGCCGCGCAGCCUCCUGUUGUCGCUGACGCCGGCCUCCAGCGCCGCUCGAGCAGCAGCAAAAGCUCUUGCGGCGACGGUCUCCUUGGCGAGCUCGACAAGACGCUCGAGAGCAUCCUCCCCGAGCUGAAGCCCCUGCUGGAAGCUGUUGACGCUACUGAGACCGAGCUCGGCAAGGCCAUCCCCCUUGUUGGUGACCUCCUUGACCUCCUCAAGGCGAUCUGCAUCGGUUAA